AUGAUUUCCACACCGGUAACAUCAUCAGCUUCUGCAUGUUCUCUGCAGGAAACCAUGGAGACUGAAUCCAUGGAUGGAUAUAAUGCCACCCAGCAGACCAAUCGCAGGGCUUACUACCUGAGUUGCUUUAAUGCCUGUUUAUAUUUAAAUGGGUACAUAGGCAUUGAGCUAUGUGGAUCUAUGGUGUAUGCUACAGUGUCUACUUGGACUCAGAAGUAUAAGAACCGGGCUUUACUAACAAAGGCCAUUUACAGCAUCAAGAAUUGUGCAUCAAUUGCCUCCAACAUUUGGUAUGACUCAAUGAGCUAA